CUCCAUGUUUCUUUAAAGCUCCCAUUACUUUUUUUACACCUGUGUAGUCUCUGUGUUAACAUUUGUACGUUAAUUUUUUUAAAAAAAUUGGAGUUUUUUUCCAUUUAUACCCUUUUCUAUAAUCUUUAUUCCACUGGUAUUUAUAUAUGGCAAUACUGAAACUUGAUCUUGUUCUUUUAGCUGGUCCGAUAAUCAAGGGAUUUUCAUUUUAGUUUUGGUAUUUUUAGUUUUGGUAAGCAAAUGGAUCUUGAAAGAUCCAUUUAAAAAACCUAUUUGUUUUCUUAAAUUUUCAUGGUUUAUUAUAACAAUGGUGGUUAUAUUAUAAAAAAACAAGAAGAACUGAAGAAGACGAAGACCACGACGAACAGAACAGACAUAUUAUUUAAAUCCCAUCUGCAUAUUUUCCUGAGAGGAAAAAUUCAAGAAAAUGUCAGCACCGAAUUCACCAUGUGCAGCCUGCAAAUUUCUAAGAAGAAAAUGCACACAAGAAUGUGUUUUUGCACCCUAUUUUCCACCGGAUCAGCCACAAAAAUUCGCAAAUGUACACAAAGUAUUCGGAGCCAGCAAUGUCGCCAAGCUUUUAAACGAACUCAACACAACCCAACGCGAAGAUGCCGUGAAUUCUCUCGCGUACGAGGCCGAAGCUCGCCUCCGAGAUCCGGUCUACGGCUGCGUCGGUUUAAUCUCAAUUCUCCAACACAGACUCAAAGAAUUACAGAGUGAUCUUUACAAUGCUAAAAAAGAACUCUCACAAUACAUUGGUCCUCAAGCAAUGCUGCCAACGAUACAAAACCCGAAUUAUAUUGGUCAGCAUCAUCUGAGUAAUAGUAACCCGUCUUCGAGUUUGAUUCAGCAUAAUGCAUUGCCGAUUAUGGGUGGUAUACCGGGUGGAGGGGUGCACAGCGGUCCCUUGAUGAUAAGGGAGGCGCCCCCCCAGCCGCAGCCCCCGCCCCAGCAUCAAAUAUUCGAGGCGCAGCAGCUUGCCGCGGCUUUAGCUGCGAGGGAGCAGCAAGAAAUGAUUAGGGCUUAUGAGCAGCAGCAGCAGCAGCAAGAGAUUGUGAGAUAUAAUAAUAGCAAUUCGGGUUUUAGUUCGAUUACGGUGGCUGCUAUGUCGCCGUCGUUAGCUUUAGGAAGUUUUGAUACUUCUAGUUAUCAGCAGGUGGAGCAUCAUCAUCAGCAGCAGAAUCAGCAGCUUCAAGCACAGCUUUUUCUUCAGCCUACGAAAAGUGAGAUCACUCAGGCGCAACCACUGCAGCAACAGUUUCAACAAACUCAACAGCAACAACGAUCUGGAAGUGAUGAAGGUGGAAGUGUAGGCCCAUCAUGUUAAUGUUCUUCACAAUCUGAAGCUAAUUCUUGAAAUUCCAUUGGAGCUGAAUUUUAAUUCUAAAUUAGGUCAUAAAUGCCAGACACAAGUGAACAUAAAGAGAAACUGAAACUGAAAUUAAUUUACAACUGAUGAGAUCUGAAGUCAGCAUAACUAUUAUCUUUUUCAGUUCUUAUCUAAACCGGGUCUAUAAAUUUUUUAUGGAUCCAAUCAUAUAAAAAUAUGAAAAAUGAGAGAAAACGUAUAAUUUUUCUAACGUUUGAUUGGUUAAAUUCGUAAAAAAUCUAUAGACCGGAUUUAGGUAAUAUAUUUUCCUUAAUUUUUCCUUUUUGGGUUUGAAGGAAAAGACUUUGUGGGAAGAGAUAACAUUGAUUUUUGAGUAUAGCCUUUUUACCUUAAAUUUAUUUAUUUAUUUAAGUAGAGACUAGAGGUGGUUAAUUAGUAUUUUCCUUUAAUUUCAAAACAUGAAUUAAUUAAGUUAUAUGUAUAUCAGAAGUUAUGAAAUUUUUAUGAAGCUUUACUUUAUUUAUA